AUGGUAAGGUUUGUCGACUUCGCAAAUCUUUGUAUGGCCUUAAGCAAAGCCCCUCGUGCAUGGUUUGGAAAAUUCAGUCAAGCGAUUGAGAGGUUUGGCAUGAUAAAAGGAAAGUCUGAUCAUUCUGUCUUCUAUAAACGCUCUGAGAAAGGCAUUAUUUUAUUAGUUGUCUAUGUGGAUGACAUUGUCAUCACUGGAAGUGACACCGCUGGUAUUGUAUCUCUUAAGACCUUUCUUCACAGUCAAUUUCAGACUAAAGAUCUUGGUACAUUAAAAUAUUUUCUAGGUGUUGAGGUAAUACGGAGUAAGAAAGGUAUACUUCUCUCCCAGAGAAAAUAUAUACUUGAUCUAUUGACAGAAACAGGGAAACUAGGAGCUAAGCCAUGCAAUACUCCAAUGAUCCCUAAUUCACAGUUGACAUCAGAGGGGGAGCUAUUUGAUGAUCCAGAAAGAUAUAGAAGAUUGGUUGGUAAGCUAAAUUAUCUGACUGUAACUCGUCCUGAUAUUGCUUACUCAGUAAGUAUUGUAAGUCAAUUUAUGGCAUCUCCAACUAUUGAUCAUUGGAAAGCUGUUGAACAAAUCCUGAACUACUUGAAAGGUGCUCCAGGACGUGGAAUUGUAUAUCAAAACCAUGGACAUAUGAACAUUGAGUGCUUUGCAGAUGCAGACUAUGCAGGGUCUAAGGAGAAUCGGAGGUCUACAACCGGAUUUUGUGUCUUCUUUGGUGGAAACUUGAUCUCGUGGAAGAGCAAGAAGCAAAAUGUUGUCUCACGAUCGAGUGCAGAGUCAGAAUAUAGAGCAAUGGCACAGGCAACCUGUGAAAUCUUGUGGAUAUAUCACAUUCUCGAUGAAAUAGGGCUCAAGGCCUCUAUUCCUGCGAAGCUAUGGUGUGACAAUCAAGCGGCUCUCCAUAUUGCAGUCAAUCCUGUUUUCCAUGAAUGA